UUCAUUUGAAUCUUCCCCGCGCUUCGAUCGCGCAUCGUUCCUCAAAUCACUUCUUCAUUUGAUGAAAAACAACGCCAACAUUCGUACGAUCAAGUCACUUACUCACUCACAAGGCGGCCUUAUUACUAGGUCAUUUUAUUAAGUAUACAUUUUAACAGUUUGAUAUGACGAAAGUUUAUCUCUAAGGCCAGAGAAGCAGAACUAUCUAUAAGAUUACUUGAAGUGAGUCUCUCUUUGAGAGAAACAAAGCCUUUUUAUUCUUUGAAAUGCUUCCAUCCAACAUGCAACCUGUAAGGAAAGCCCAAGGAAAGUCUGCUCGAAGCAGCAAAGUCCGAGUUAUUGCUCGAUUGCGACCAGAGAGCCCUGAAUAUUCAGCAAAGUCCAAUAGACAUAGUGCAGGCGAUAUGCCGCCCCGUUGUGUGAGAGCUGUCGAUUCGAAGUCGUUGGAAGUGUGGAAUUGGAGAAAUGGAUCCAGCAUUCAGUACCAAUUUGAUGGAUUCUUUAAUGAUCAGAGCACACAAGAGGAGAUCUACAGGUUCUCCAUUAGUCCUGUCAUGCAGUAUGUGUUGCUAGGGGAAAAUACCAGCGUGUUCGCAUAUGGGCCCACAGGGGCAGGAAAAACACAUACUAUGCUCGGAACAGCGGAUGAACCAGGAGUCAUUCCAAGAAGUGUUUGCAAUAUUUUCAAAGCCAUCCAGACAGAAAAAGCAAAGUCACCUUCUUGGAACUUCGAAAUUACUUUCUCCUAUCUUGAAAUCUACCAAGAAAAGGUAAACGACCUGCUAAAUACAAAGAAGCAAGACUUACCAAUCAGACAGGACCGAGAGGGCAGUAUUUUCAUUCCUGAGUUAUCAGAGAUAAGCAUUAAAAGCUUUGAAGACUUUGAUGCAGUUUUUAAAGAUGCCAGCCAAAACAGAACAACAGCAGCAACAAAGUUGAACCCUCACUCAAGCAGAAGUCAUUCAAUUCUUUUAAUCAAGGUUGUGAGAGGACAACAAGUGGCACCUUUCCGAAAGCUGACUGGCAAGAUGUACUUAGUUGACCUGGCUGGGUCUGAAGAUAACAGGCGCACUGGCAAUGAAGGCAUAAGGUUGAAAGAGAGUGGGGCAAUCAAUGGCUCUUUAUUCGCUCUUGGUCAAGUUGUUGAUGCCUUGAACACUGGUCAACCCCGAGUGCCAUACCGCAACAGCAAGCUCACCCGGUUACUGCAAGACUCGCUGGGUGGAAGUGCCCACACCUGUGUCAUCGCUAACAUCGCGCCCGAGCCCGACUUGUACUAUGAUACACUGAACACGCUCAAGUUCGCCUCCAAGUCUAGGACCAUCAUCAACCAGCCUUUUAUCAAGGAGACCUUUGACAUGCGCACUGCGUUUAAAAGACCUCGAUCUCAAGAUGAGCCUGACGAAAAACCUUUGAAAUCUGCAAAACUCCCCAAAAGUGAGGUUUUAGACAAGGAACUCGUGCUACCGUCAGGACUUUUAAGUCCUCUCCGUGCGAAACAGGAUAGUCUGGAAGAGCGCAUGGCAGCCUUGGAGAGACGGCUGGUCAUAAAGAACGAAGGCUUUGUUCCUCAAAUACCGAAAUAUUCUAUCAAGCCAGGUGCUAGCCAAAGCAAACGGAAACUUUUAUCCCAGCGUUUCCCACUUCAAGCACUGAUAAAUUCCCAAAACAAAUUCAAGCAAGAACUCAUUUCACCCACGAAGAAGUCACAACCCGGACCAGUGUCGUCACGUGACACAGCGGAAAGUGUUCGCAUGGAUGAAAAUUUUCAAGUAAAAAUCAACCCGACAUUGCAGGCCGCUUAUGACGCGGAGCUGUUGACGGUUUUGAACACCGGUGAUGUUAAGGAGUUAAAGAAACUUCAAGCGAUUGGUGAAAAGCGGGCUCAGCUGAUUGUUCAGUGGAGACAACUGCACGGCCCACUAGCUAAGGUGCAGGAUCUUGCGAAUGUUGAAGGCUUCACCCAGAAGAUGGCUACCACGUUUCUCAAGAAAAAUCUUCUGAAUAAAAUGGUUUUCACGUGAGAGUGACCUCGCAGUGCACGAUGGGAAGCGACCAAGACAAACUUUGUACAUAGCUAUUUUUAGUUGUGUCGCAUCUACCAGCGGAGCACUGAAAGAAAGAAGUACGAAAAAAGAACACGUUUUAUACUCUUUUUUUUUUUAAACACAUUUUAUUGAGUUUUUAACGCAAAUAAGGAACAUAGAGGAUUCGGAGACGUACAUAAAACCAGCAGUCAGUUAACGACAUUACAACUGUAGGGAACGGUUUAAAAGCCAGAUAAUACUUCGAAGGAAAAUAGGACCGGAAUAUUAUGAAUUUUUACCCAACUUAGACAAUGAGCCUUGACAAGCGAAUUCAUCUCAUGAAGUGUGUUAACGAUGGAGUCGUUGGAAAUGAUAAUAAACUAUCAAAGAGCUA